AUGCGGCCAAGCCAACGCUUAUUACUGAUGCUGCUCCUCACAUCUAUGCCCAUCAAGAGUAUGCAGGUACUUUGUAGAAUUGUCGGCGAGCUUAACGCUGCUCUGAGCACGCAAACCAACAUUUUCUUCAUACCUGACAAAAAGACUAAUAUCCUCGACUCGCUCAACACGGACCCCGUACCCCGUGUCCUGUUCUCUCCAAGCGUCGCCAAAUCAACUAUACGCCUGCCACUGUACGAGAGGGUCCUCAUAAUAAUGCACAUGGAUGGCAUUUGCCUGCGCUUCAUCAAGAGGUUGCACAUCGACUUUCAGUUCAGCGAUUUACUCGUAAUCACAACCAAGUCCACCAAACACGACAUGCUGGUUCGUUACAGCGAGCAACUCUUCGAACUGGGCUACCUCAAUGUUUUGCACUAUAACAUGCCCAACGACGAGUUUUAUGCGGCGCAGUACUUUCCCCGAAUAACACUUGCAGCUACUACCAUAAACCAAUACUUGGGGCUUCGUGAUCGGUGGACUCGCAACAUGCAAGGCCAUGAAGUGCGUGUGCUGACUUAUCACAAUCCCCCACGAUCUCUGUACAAUCCAGAGCGCGGCUUCCACGGUGGUUAUGUGGUGGGUGUGCUGCGUGAAUUCCUACAUCAUCGGAAUGCCCGUUUCAAACCAGUAUACGGCUCCAACCCUAUGACCUAUUCGCCAAACGAUUGCAUCGACGCAAUACACAGCAAUGCGGCGGACACUUGUGCGGAUAUGUUGCCCAAGAAUGCCAAGAACGAAAUCGUAGGGAUGAUUCAUCUAGGUAGUGGCAAGAUACUGGUCAGCAAUGCUCGCGCCUUGCCCAAAAUCUAUUAUAUCCUUGCGCCCUUUUGCCCCCAACUCUGGAUGAUUCUCGUGGCCUACAUUUUUCUGCUCAGUGGCUAUUGCAGCCUUAUCUGCUGGCGUCAGCAGCGCCGCUGGCGUUUUAACAAAUUUGUCCUGCAGCUCAUCUCCAGUCUGCUAAACACGCACUACUCGCUUCACGAUUUGCGUGGUCCUGUGCGACGGGUACUCUUCAUUUUCACAUUUGUCCCAGGUUUUGUCCUCGCGACUCUAUAUUUGGCGUUGCUGAAGAGUCGACUGGCCACUGGGCUCUAUGAGCCACCCAUUAAUAGCUUCGAAGCACUAGUCAAAUCUAACACAACCAUUCUGUUCAGUAAGUCGGAUCUGCAGAUUGCCAGCCACUUCGGGUUUCCCGACGAGCUGUGGCCAAUUAUUCAGGUGAUUAACUACGAGACGUUGCUGCAGCUCCGUAUUAACUUGGACACUCGGUUCGCCUAUGUGGUAUACAACGAUCGGCAGCACCUGAUCCAGUACCAGCAGCGGUUCUUACUGAAGCCCAUAAUGCGAUUUAUUUCGGACAACGCAAUUCGACUGUUUGGAGGAUUUGCAGUACGGCCACAGUGGUUCCUGCGGAAACAAUUGAAUACAUACUGCCUUAACAUAGCCAGCAGCGGAGUUCUUAGCCAAGCGCAAAGGCUCGCCGACUACAAAUCCGUACAGGAAGGCUUUCUUCACUUUAUGAUCACGCAAUACUAUAAGGCAAAGCCCCUUGACCUAGACUACUAUAAAAUGCCAAGCAUUUGUCUACUCCUGGGCUAUUUAAUAUCCUUAAUACUUGGCUUAUUUAUGACCUCAAAUACGGCCAUGAAGCUACCCGACGACACACUUUGCAAGUGUAUUUCGACAACGCCCACCACGGCCAAUAACCAGGACCAGUUGCAAGUUACGCGUUGCAUCCAUGUGCGUGCCUCACAACCAUAUCGCAACUCGUUUAUCUUUCGCCCUUCACCAGCCUUAAUUGUUGAUUUCAUGUUUUCAGCGCGACUUUAA